CAAUCGAUGUCAUCAAGGUGCGCAUGCAGCUGGACAAUGAGCUAGCCGAGCAGCGUGGCAAGGGCGUCGCCGUGUUCCGCGAGCGAUACUACCACGGCUGGGUGCGAGGCGCCAUCCAGAUAGUGCAUGACGAGGGCAUCCACGGACUCUAUAAAGGGCUGUUGCCAUCCCUCAUCCGCGAAGCCAUCUACAGCGGAAUACGACUCGGUGCCUACGAGCCCCUGAAGGUGGCGCUGGGAGCGACCGACCCCGCGCACACGCCGCUGUGGAAGAAGAUCACGGCUGGAGCGACGUCUGACCGCCAGCAUCACCAGUACCGUGGGCAGCCAGCCGCACCACCAUCUGGCGAAAUUCAGCGAAUUGCCGUGAAGGUGCAGAAGAAGACCAGGGUUUCUAUGCUCGUCAGCAAAAUCCCCGUGCCUGUGAAGGCACCGAUGGAAGGGUCAGGCAUACUGGCACUUGUGGGAUCCGAAGAGCCGGAGACAAGGACUCCUCUGCCAGCGUUGGAAAUCAACAGAGCGGGCCGCGAUACUCACCGCGACGCAGGUAACGCGCGCGUGGGAGAGCGGGCCGCGAUACUCACCGCGAUGCAGAUCCCCGCGUACGACCACACCAAGCACACGAUACUGAACCGCGGCUGGAUGCGCGAGGGCGCCACAUUGCACAUCACCGCCUCCAUGAUUGCUGGCUUCGCCACGGCCUUCAGCACCUCACCCGUCGACGUCAUCAAGACCAGAGUCAUGAACCAGCAGGUGAAAGGCUCGGGGUCGUCUCGCGGCCUCGUCUACGGCAAUGCGCUGGACUGCCUCGUGAAGACGAUUCGCAGCGAGGGCAUCGUUGGCCUCUACAAGGGCUUCUUCCCCAACUGGAUGCGCAUCGGGCCGCACACCAUCAUCACGUUCUUCAUCUUUGAGCAGCUGCGCAGUGCGAUCGGCAUGCAGCCCGUGUGA